UUGACCGAAAGCGUUCGUAGCGCACCGUGAGCAACGUGACCGCCAAGGACAGCCCAGGGAGCUCGUCCUGCCACAGGUGCCAACAGCCACCGUCUUCUGCCCGGCCGUUCCCGUGAGUUGCAAUGGCUGCAUCGGCGACAUUCUCGCGACAGGUCCUGUUCGCCCUGGCACUGCUGUGCGUCCUAAAGCUGGGCGCUGCUCGACCGCAAAAUGCAAUCGAUAAUCAGGAUCUGCCCGAGAUAAACCCGAGCGAACUGCGGAAGCUGUACUCGAACUACAACUCGUACGUCUCGAACCAGCUGGACAACUAUGGACUGGAUCCGUUGCAGCUGCAACUGUUGGCCCAGUACGCCCAGAGCAAUGCCAUCAGUGGCGGUGGCGGUGGCGGAUGGGACCAGCUGUACCGGGCGCCGGAAAUGAAGCGCCAAAUUCGGUACCGCCAGUGCUACUUUAAUCCCAUCUCCUGCUUCAAGAAGUAAGCGUUCCGGCCCCCUAUUCUAGGAAGUAAGAUCGCGAGCGGUGUGUUUGAGAAUGCUGCGUAACGUCGGUGGCGGUGGUCCGGACUGUCCCCAGCGGGUCCUUCACAUUUCCACCCCGCCAUCAAUGCCCCCCUCCUAGCACCCGGGGGGGAAAUACCGGGAACCCAACCUCCUCCCCGAUCUCCGAAGAUGCUGCUGGUGGGUUUGCCGAGGCUGAGCCUGCUGGUGACUGGAAGGAUGCGGAAGGAUCCGUCAUAUUUGUGGAUUAGAACAAAAAACACUAUAAGCACAAGAGAGAAAAAUUAUCAAAAAAAAAACACAAAAAACAUUCCUAGCAAAAACCCACAUACACGUAUAUUUGCGUGAGUGUGUGUUAAGUCUUCUCCGGCGAUCGGUUGCUGCUAGCCUAGUAUUGGAUGUGGACAGGGACUGGACGUUUAUUUGCAUGUUUAAACGCAAACCGAACAUAUUUUAUUGGGACUGCGCGCAUUUUGUGUGCGUGUUCGAGCAGGAAACAUAAAGAAAUCAUAAUCAUAAUGCGCCCAGCACGACGACCGCGCAUCCCAAAGCCCUAUUGCCAUGUUUCUCACCUCACUGUGAACCAUUGGAAAAUACAAUGAAUGAAUGUACUAACCCGUAACUGUUACCUAGUUGUCUCUUGCGAAAACCGAGCGGUGACCAAUGCUUACCAUUUUCUCCUCGUUCUCCUCGUUCGGCGACGGAAAAGGAUCAGACGGACAAGUCAGGAUGAUUGAAAGCGAUCCCUACAUAACCCUAUGAGCGUGGUGACGGCUCACGUUUCGAAGCGGAAGCCGAGCUUCCAGAAAGUUAGGAAUCAAACUAUAAUCGCACACAUGCAUACACACAGAAAGCAUGAUCGAACGACGCGACCGACCGGACCGACAGGAUCUUUUGAAUUCCCGAGAGCACAAGCAUUUAUGUUGCAUGCCGCAGACACAUAUAUUUAUCGCAAAUCUCAAUA